AACGAACAAUGCGUGAGUUAUUACUUGUACGAAAGCUAGAAGAAGAAAAUGCAAAAAAGAAUAAGCAAAAUGAACCACCUACACCUAAUUUACCUGAAAACACAUCUAACAUUGACUCUCAUAUCGAAAAGCCGUCAUUUCCACAAGAGACGCAAGAGGCGCAUCAAGAUACACAUAAUAUUACACUGAACAACAACAGUGAUAUUAAUUUAUCGUCAGACGGGAAUACACAGAAUAAUCCCGAUAUUAGCACUGUUCAGAUUCAGACCUCUGUCACCGUUCUAAAUACAGAUAUCCAGCAGCAAUCAUCGGCACUUCCAGACGACGAUAAUUCGAUAUCUAUCCCUCUAGAAAAUUCGACUUCGAAUGAUGUUGCUUCUUCUGAUAAGACCGUUCAUCCAGCUGAACUUGCGGAAAAUAUAAGCGAUUUAACCGAAGGAAAGAAACAAUAUGAUACCGCAUUACAAACGAAACGAGAGA